AAAUACCAGCUCGAUUGUGCCAGACGAUUGCUCUCAGUGUUGGUGUGUUAGUUGCCAUUGUCCAUCAAUUUGGGUCAUCUUCUUCACUGGAUGGGUGUCAGUGGUCCGUCUGUCCAAACCCAACCUCAGGCUCUGCAUGUCUCUCCUCUCCUCCUCCUGUCCCUCUGUUCAGCUUGCUUUCGCUUCGUGAGCAUCAUCAUCCAUCUUGUCUAUCUCUUCCGUCCCGUCCGUCUCCUACGCCUCAUUCGUCUGUUUCCAUUGUAGCAGGGUUGCACUAAUCACGCACCAGCAACCUCAUCAACCUUCAACACUCAUCAGCACCGGAGGACGAGCCAGAGAUCCCGCACUCUACGACCUCUCCCGUCAGGACGCUAGUCUACAGCUUCUUCCCCCACAUCGCUCCGGUUUUUGCCUAGAUUAAUCUUCUUGGAAACUGAAGUUCGCCGUCGUGGGUCUCUGCCCUCCUUCGGUCGCGGUGUGUGUGUGUGUGUUUUUUGUUUUUUUGUUUGUUUGUUUUUUUCCAGCUUUUGCUUUCAGGGGCUCUGCACUGCAAUGGGUUUUCCUUGAAACCCACUUUAUCCACCACAUAUCAUAUUCCUUUGGUUUUCUCCGGCACCUCUCUUGUUUGCAACCUACUCCCCAGAACUGGCUGCCUGUCUACAUUAGGACGAUGGAGAAACUUGCACCUGCAAGGUGUGCGUUUCUCUUGAUUCUGGCCCUCGUCGUUCUUCCAUCUGUGCAAGGUGUGGAGAAGGUGAAAGUUGAGUUGUACUCUGAGGCACUAUGUCCGUAUUGCGCCGAUUUCAUUAUCAAUUAUCUGAAUCCAUUUUUCAACAACGGAUUAAUUGACAUUGUGGAGCUUCGCAUUAUCCCCUACGGAAAUGCUCGCGUUUUAGAUGGGUCCUUGAUUUGCCAACAUGGGCCGGAUGAGUGCGAACUCAACAUCAUUCAGACGUGUGCUAUUCGACUGUGGCCUAAAGUGACGGAUUGGUUCCCCUUCAUCUACUGCUUGGAGACUCUUGACAGGAGAACAGCAGCUAAGAACUGGAAAUCAUGUGUACAUCCAUCACGCCUUGACCUCGAACCUCUUAUUGAGUGCUCUGCUACCCCCCUCGGUGCAAAGCUGGAAAUGGAGUUUGCUGCCGAGACCGACAGGUUGCAACCACCACACAAGUAUGUUCCAUGGGUGCUUGUAAAUGGCGAGCCUUUGAUGGACAAUUAUGAGGAUGUGGCUUCGUAUGUAUGCAAAGCAUACCAAGGAAACAAGCCUGCUGUAUGCUCAAGGCUGGAGCACGAGACUAUAAAAACCCAACCAGCUGGACUGUGUGUGAGAGAGUAUGUGUCACAGGCGUCAUACUAAAUCACCAUCAUUAUCACCCAGCCACUGUGCCUCGUCCAUAAGCUAAGUUCUGAAGGGAUGCUGGGCUAACGAAUGGUACAUUAUCUUUAAAUGGUUUAGGUGUUUCUUAGUAUUAUUCUUCUUUUACCUUAAGAUUCUUUACAUAAACACAUCGUCAUGCUUUGGAUUGCAAUAGGGAUUGAUACACAGUAGCAGUGUAUAUGUGCAAAGAGACAAGAGCUUUCUUGUAGAGAUACCUUUAGUUGAGUGAUGUUUGAGUUGCUGACGGGCAGGCCCAACACUUUCUCAUGCUUGAAAUUGUGGGCUAGGAUGUGAUGAGGUUGUCCCAAAGUUGAGGAUGUAAGCUUGGAGUCGUUGCUAUGAAUGUGAUAUACAUAUAUUGUACCUUGUU